UCUUCCCGAGCAAAGUUCAGUUGGACAUUGUCGAGAAAGACAAGGCUCCUUCCAAGAUCAUCAUGAGGAAAGUUUGUGUUUUCGGAUAAAGAAAAUCUUGGAAAAGUACCAGAUUCAUUUUGACUUUCUCUUCACUGCCAGAAGACUAGAAUACCUGUAUUUUCGUUCUUUUCUGUGGGCGGAGCCGAAGCUACCUGGAAAAGGUAAAAUACUUUCACGAAUUGUAAUCACAAACCUCCUAAAGUGGUUAAAGUUUCAGUAUAGCCCAGUCUCUACACUUAAGCUAUCAAGCUUACUUAAGGUAUGAGCCAGUCUCCGCGAACCAACCGAGGCCAAAGGGAAAGGGAGAGGGAGAGAAACGGCGGGGGUCACCGUGAGCAUCGCGAAGACAGACCGAGGAGGGAACCGCGCAAUGACCGACCACCGUCAAGCGGCAGAUCUUCAUCACAGCCCUCCACACCCCCUUCCAAACAUCAUCGUCAACACCGUGCUCCGCAAGAACGCGAGGAUUCAAAAUGCAACCAUAUCUGCUCCCGAAGAGGCAUCGUGCUAAUCGUCACCAUCCUCACCAACGCCCUGGUCCUGGUGUGUGUCGUGGCGGCCCAGAUGGUCAUGUCAGGGAUGUCCGCCAUGGGGGGGAUGACGACCUUCGACAUCAACUCGGCCUACAGCCCGUUCGAGGGCACCGAGCUCCAGAAGGUCAGAGACCUGGACAUGCAGUUCAGCCAGAUGAGAGCGCCGGGAAUCUAUGGCGGAGUUGCCUUCAGCCUAGUCUUCGGAGUCACCUCCCUUCUCUUCGUGGUUUCCGGCAACAAGCCGGCGUACGAGCUGAGCCGGAAGCUCCUGAUUGGAGGGCUGGCGUUCCAGGCGCUGGGGGCGGUGGCGUACGUGGUGGCGGUGGGGCUGUACCUGCACUUUGUCAUCGCGGUCAACGCCACGGACGUGUGCCGGCAGCGCGAGCGCCUGUACGCGGGCCGCGGCUACACGUGGAUGAACUGCGACGUGGGCGGGGCCGACGCCGCCGUGGCACUGUUCGGCCUCAUCACGGCCAUCCUGUACGGCGUGGGCGCCGUGCUCAGCUUCAGCGUGGUGCGGGCCGUGUGGGCCUAUCACCGCGACGGGCGGCGCCACGAGGCGGAGAGGCGCGCCGCCCCGGCCUUCCCCCAGAGGGCGCCGCUGCGGACGGAGGCGACGGCCGUGUGACGCCGCCGCCGCGCGGAGGAAUCCUCAAACGUAGCGUUUGUCUGCGAGCCGCCCCCCCCCCGUGGGCGGAGGAUUUCAUGAGAUGUCUAACCGGAGCGUCUCGGUUUUGAUCCUCCCGUGUGAAUGGACCAGUGUUUCGGCAGAUCCAGUCUCCCCCCCCCCCCCCCCCUCGCACAAAGCUCUCUUUUAACGCUUGCUUUUAAACAUUUUUAUACUGUAACAACGUGACUGUUCAGCACGGGAAGACGUCGCCUGUGUGUGUGUGUGUGUGUUUUGAUGUGGCGUGAUGUCAAUAAAACCCUUUGAACAAUU